CGGCCGGCCCGUAGCGGCGGGGAGCCGCACCGGCGGCGGGGCGGCGCUCGGCGCAAGUUGGUCCCCCGCGGGCGGGCGGCCGGGCGGGCGGCCAUGGAGCCCCGCGGCAUGGAGUACUUCAGCGCCCAGGUGCAGCAGAAGGACGUCGGCGGCCGCCUGCAGGUCGGCCAGGAGCUGCUGCUCCAUCUGGGCGCCCCCGGCGCCAUCCCGGACCUGGAGGAGGACCUGGGCCGCCUGGGCAAGACGAUCGACGCGCUCACCGGCUGGGUGGGCUCGAGCAACUACCGGGUAUCAUUAAUGGGAUUGGAAAUUUUAAGUGCCUUUGUGGACAGAUUAUCAACACGAUUUAAGUCCUAUGUAGUAAUGGUUAUCGUAGCUUUAAUAGACAGAAUGGGAGAUGCCAAAGACAAGGUUCGAGACGAAGCUCAGACUCUGACAUUGAAGCUGAUGGAUCAAGUAGCAGCACCUAUGUACAUUUGGGAACAGUUGACUUCUGGUUUUAAGCACAAGAAUUUUCGAUCUCGAGAAGGCGUGUGUCUAUGUCUUAUUGAAACCUUAAACGUUUUUGGGGCUCGGCCGCUAGUCCUCAGCAAGUUGGUACCACAUUUGUGUAUCUUAUUUGGAGAUUCCAACAGUCAGGUGAGAGAUGCGGCAGUGUUGGCUGUGGUGGAGAUCUAUAGACAUGUGGGAGAGAGAGUGAGGGUGGACCUCUGUAAGAGGGGGAUUCCCCCUGCUAGAUUAGAGAUGAUUUUUGCCAAAUUUGAUGAAGUGCAAAAUUCAGGCGGUAUGAUUUUGAGUGUCUGCAAAGAUAAAAGCUUUGAUGAUGAGGAAUCGGUGGAUGGAAAUAGGCCAUCAUCAGCUGCUUCAGCCUUCAAGGUUCCUGCACCUAAAACAUCCGGAAAUCCUGUCAACAGUGCAAGGAAGCCUGGUUCAGCAGGUGGCCCUAAGGUUGGAGCAGGUGCUUCUAAGGAAGGGGGUGCUGGAGCAGUGGAUGAAGAUGAUUUUAUAAAAGCUUUCACCGAUGUCCCUUCUGUUCAGAUCUAUUCUAGUCGAGAACUUGAAGAAACAUUAAAUAAAAUCAGGGAAAUAUUGUCAGAUGACAAACAUGACUGGGAUCAGCGUGCCAACGCACUUAAGAAAAUUCGAUCAUUGCUUGUUGCUGGAGCUGCACAAUAUGACUGCUUCUUCCAACAUUUACGCUUAUUGGAUGGAGCGCUUAAACUUUCAGCAAAGGAUCUUAGAUCCCAAGUGGUUAGAGAAGCUUGCAUUACUGUAGCACAUCUUUCAACAGUUUUGGGAAACAAGUUUGAUCAUGGCGCUGAAGCCAUUGUACCUACGCUUUUUAAUCUCGUCCCCAAUAGCGCAAAAGUCAUGGCAACUUCUGGAUGUGCGGCUAUCAGGUUCAUCAUUCGGCAUACUCAUGUACCCAGACUUAUACCUUUAAUCACAAGCAAUUGCACAUCAAAAUCAGUUCCUGUAAGGAGGCGCUCAUUUGAAUUUUUAGAUUUAUUGUUACAAGAGUGGCAGACUCAUUCAUUGGAAAGACAUGCAGCUGUCUUGGUUGAAACUAUUAAGAAGGGGAUUCAUGAUGCUGAUGCUGAAGCCAGAGUGGAGGCAAGAAAGACAUACAUGGGUCUUAGAAACCACUUUCCUGGUGAAGCCGAAACGUUGUAUAAUUCACUUGAGCCAUCUUAUCAGAAGAGUCUUCAGACUUACUUAAAGAGUUCUGGCAGUGUAGCAUCUCUUCCACAAUCAGACAGGUCCUCAUCUAGCUCACAGGAAAGUCUCAAUCGCCCUUUUUCUUCCAAAUGGUCUACAGCAAACCCAUCGACUGUGGCUGGAAGAGUGUCGGCAGGCAGCAGCAAAGCCAGUUGCCUUCCCGGAAGCCUGCAGCGUUCACGAAGCGACAUCGACGUGAAUGCUGCUGCUGGUGCCAAGGCUCACCAUGCUGCCGGGCAGUCUGCGCGAAGCGGGCGGUUGGGUGCAGGGGCCCUGAAUCCGGGUUCCUACGCGUCACUAGGCCGGGUGAGAGCAAAGCUUUCAGCAGCGCCCCUCGCGGGCAUGGGAAAUGCCAAGACAGAUUCUCGAGGAAGAAGUCGAACCAAAAUGGUGUCUCAGUCCCAGCCUGGCAGCCGGUCCGGGUCUCCGGGAAGAGUUCUGAGCACAACAGCCCUCUCCACUGUGAGCUCUGGUGUUCAGAGAGUCUUGGUCAAUUCCGCCUCGGCGCCAAAGAGAAGCAAGAUCCCACGGAGCCAGGGGUGUAGCAGAGAGGCUAGUCCGUCUAGGCUGUCCGUGGCCCGAAGCAGUCGUAUUCCUCGACCAAGUGUGAGUCAAGGGUGCAGCCGGGAAGCCAGUCGGGAGAGCAGCCGGGACACAAGUCCUGUUCGUUCUUUUCAGCCCCUCGGUCCAGGGUAUGGGAUGAGCCAAUCGAGCCGACUGUCGUCUUCUGUCAGUGCCAUGCGAGUCCUGAACACGGGCUCUGACGUGGAGGAGGCCGUAGCAGAUGCCUUGAAAAAGCCUGCGCGAAGAAGAUACGAAUCGUACGGAAUGCAUUCAGAUGACGACGCCAACAGCGAUGCAUCGAGUGCUUGUUCGGAACGCUCCUAUAGCUCUCGAAACGGCAGUAUUCCCACCUACAUGAGGCAGACGGAAGACGUGGCCGAGGUCCUCAAUAGAUGUGCCAGUUCCAACUGGUCAGAAAGGAAAGAAGGCCUCCUGGGGCUACAAAACUUGCUGAAAAAUCAGAGAACGCUAAGUCGAGUUGAACUGAAAAGAUUAUGUGAAAUUUUCACAAGAAUGUUUGCUGAUCCUCACGGCAAGAGAGUAUUCAGCAUGUUCUUGGAGACUCUAGUGGAUUUCAUACAAGUCCACAAAGAUGAUCUUCAAGAUUGGUUGUUUGUACUGCUGACUCAACUCUUAAAAAAAAUGGGUGCUGAUUUGCUGGGGUCUGUUCAGGCAAAAGUUCAGAAAGCCCUUGAUGUUACAAGAGAAUCUUUUCCAAAUGAUCUUCAAUUCAAUAUUCUAAUGAGAUUUACAGUUGAUCAGACCCAAACACCAAGCUUGAAGACACUCAAGCCAGCGCUUCGGGACCAGCUUCACUCUUUUUGGAGCUCCAAGGUGAAGGUUGCUAUCCUUAAAUACAUAGAAACUCUGGCCAAGCAGAUGGAUCCAGGAGAUUUUAUAAAUUCCAGUGAAACUCGCCUGGCAGUGUCUCGGGUCAUCACUUGGACAACAGAACCCAAAAGUUCUGACGUUCGGAAGGCAGCACAGUCCGUGCUGAUUUCCCUAUUUGAACUCAAUACUCCAGAGUUUACAAUGUUAUUAGGAGCUUUACCAAAAACUUUUCAGGAUGGUGCUACCAAGCUUCUUCAUAAUCACCUUCGAAACACUGGCAAUGGAACCCAGGGUCCCACGGGGAGUCCUUUGACAAGGCCAACAGCACGUUCACCAGCCAACUGGUCCAGUCCUCUUACUUCUCCUACCAACACAUCACAGAAUACUUUAUCUCCAAGUGCAUUUGAUUAUGACACAGAAAAUAUGAACUCUGAAGAUAUUUAUAGCUCUCUUAGAGGUGUCACUGAAGCAAUUCAGAAUUUCAGCUUCCGUAGUCAAGAAGAUAUGAAUGAGCCGUUGAAAAGAGAUUCUAAAAAAGAUGAUGGUGAUUCUAUGUGUGGCGGUCCCGGGAUGCCUGACCCAAGGGCAGGAGGCGAUGCUACCGACUCAAGCCAAACCUCCCUUGAUAAUAAAGCUUCGUUGCUCCAGUCGAUGCCUGCUCAUUCCUCCCCACGCUCGCGAGACUAUAAUCCAUAUAACUAUUCAGAUAGCAUCAGUCCCUUCAAUAAGUCUGCCCUCAAGGAAGCCAUGUUUGACGACGACGCCGACCAGUUUCCUGACGAUCUCUCCCUAGACCAUUCUGACCUGGUUGCGGAGUUGUUGAAGGAGUUGUCUAACCAUAAUGAACGUGUAGAGGAAAGAAAAAUUGCCCUCUAUGAACUCAUGAAACUGACACAGGAGGAAUCUUUCAGCGUUUGGGAUGAACACUUCAAAACAAUAUUACUUCUGUUGCUUGAAACCCUUGGGGAUAAAGAGCCUACAAUCAGGGCUUUGGCGUUAAAGGUUUUAAGAGAAAUCCUAAGGCAUCAACCAGCCAGAUUUAAAAACUAUGCAGAACUGACGGUCAUGAAAACGUUGGAAGCACAUAAAGACCCUCAUAAGGAGGUGGUGAGAUCUGCUGAGGAAGCAGCAUCGGUGCUGGCCACUUCUAUCAGCCCCGAGCAGUGCAUCAAAGUGCUUUGCCCCAUCAUCCAAACCGCAGAUUACCCAAUCAAUCUGGCUGCAAUCAAGAUGCAAACGAAAGUGAUAGAGCGGGUGUCCAAGGACACCCUUAACCUGCUUUUGCCAGAGAUCAUGCCAGGCUUGAUACAGGGUUACGAUAACUCGGAGAGCAGUGUUCGGAAAGCUUGUGUCUUCUGCCUGGUAGCCGUUCACGCGGUAAUUGGUGACGAACUAAAACCACAUCUCAGUCAGCUCACGGGCAGCAAGAUGAAGCUCCUGAAUCUGUACAUCAAACGCGCACAGACAGGUUCUGGAGGAGCUGACCCCGCUGCUGAUGUUUCCGGACAGAGUUAGUGACGCGGACCGAAGCGGGCCAGGCCGCCCCGACCCGGGAUGGGCACACCACCCCUCAUCAGUGAAAGGAAAUACGGGCCGAAGCGGGCCAGGCCACCCCGACCCGGGACGGGCAGACCACCCCUCAGCAGCGAGAGGAAGUACUCAAACGCAUCUUUCGGAACUCCCCAUCUUUUCCCGGCUUUAGUUUUUUGUUUCGUUUUGUAUUUUCUGUAACAGAGGGCUCUCCUCAGUCUGCAUGUAACUUUUAUGAUAGUUAUUCCAAAUUCAAGAAGAAGCAGUAUUAACAUCAGUGGAUCGAUACAGAGUAAUUUUUAAUCGAAUUCAUCAUUUCACAUGUUUGUACUUGUCUUCCCAUUAACCUUUGCCAGUGUUAUGAUUGUAUACAUUUUUUUAAAUGCUGGUGAAAGAGGAAUGCUUAAAGCUUUAAAGGUUUAACAGUCUAAAACAUUUUUUUGCCUCUAUUCAAAUGCAGAAUACUCUUUUCAUUGCUACUUGGAGUUUCGUUCUGUAUCAUGUCCUAUGCUAGAAAUACUGAAAUGAUGUGAAACGAAGCAGGACUGAUUUGAACCACAGCUGGACUCUGUCGACGAGACGGUGACACGUGUCGUUAGUCGCAACUUCUUUGGGGUGACCCGUAGCGUACAGCGACGUCCUCAGAGAGAGUGCCACAGAAUCAGCCAGUUCUGUGACGCCGAUUCCGCGUGUUGGCUCUCGAUCUUGCCACCUUGCCUGACGCUGUGUCCCCCCUGCGGCCCCUUAAGAAAGCUGCACCAGAUCAUCUGCCUGUUGUUUUCUAGAUGCUUAUUCAAAUAGAAGGUUUUCUUGCAGGGUUUCUGGUUUGUUUUUCGUUGUUGUGAAUGAUGCUUUUUUUGUAUUUAUUAAUAUCAAAUUCACUUAUGAAUAAACUUGAUAAUGGAAAGAGAGAAGAAAAUCCAGUGCAUGUGCGUCUUGACCGUCUUCUGUUUCUCAUUAAAAAACAAACUUAUUAAUCACUGAGACGCGCGAGUCAACCAGCACCUUUUCUUUAAAUGGUGGCACCUGGUUUCCUUUGACCGUGAAAUUGUCUUACUUGAAAACGAUCCUGACGAGAGAGAAGGUGGCACAAGGCUAUUAUCUCUGUAAUGGACUCAAAUUCUCUACCUCUUCAGGGCUGAUCCUUUUAACUGAGCUGCUGCCUACAGUGUCUUUGGAAAACUACUUCAAGGGUGAUUUUCUGUUACAUUUUAACACAUUGUUUUAAUCACCUUUCGCUACACCUGUUCUUUUCCUGUGCAGCCGACUUGCAAAACUUACCAGUUUGGUGCAAAGCAAAUGAGAUCACUUGGAACCGGGACACUAAUGAUUUCUCAUCUUGACUUUUUUUUUUUUUUAAUCCUAACAUGAAGUGAAUUUGACUGGAAAGGCAAAUAGCAGUUUGCUAUUGUUACAGAGUGAUCUGUACUUUCUUUGUUUAACUGAAAAACAUGUAGAAAUGUAUGUAAAGAAUUUAAGACAAAAGUACUGGAUGGAUGGUUUGUCAUGGGCUUUUCCCUUUGUUUCUGUUCUAGCAGCAGGAAAAUAGUUUCUCAAUAUCCCCGCCCCUUUACCUGUAACAAUUUUGUUUUCUACUGUUAAUUACAUUGUGUAUUUAUAGUUCUAUGCUUACUGUUGUGCAUAUACUGGCAAUAAAACUGUACAUAACAUUACUUGAAAAAAUUAA